AUGCCGACAGAUUACAAGUAUGAAAGGCAAAGCCCCGGAGAUUUCUACUUGGGCCUUUCUGCCAUGAUUGCCUCAUUCCAUGGAUCAGGAAUCAGUGUGGGCAUUCUGCUGAUUUUUAACAAUUUUAGCCAUUCUGCUGCUAUUCCAGAUGAUGUUGCUUUUCUAGAGCGAAUCAACACAGCCCCUGGUACCUGCAGAGGCUGUCGGAAGCAGUUUGCCUUCAUCUGGCGGGAACAGAAGUACGGCUUUAGUGCCUUGCCUCAGGGCUAUGUCUCUCCUCGGGCUCCCUGCCCUAAUCCAGGAUCCAAUAUAACUAGAGCCUUUGACACGCUGGCAGGCUACAUGGAGCCUCUGGCCAGUCCUAACAGGAGAAACAUUCAGUGGACCACCGGCGUUUUGAAGCAAACAAUACAUUCUACCACAAAAGAAGUAUUUUCCUUUGGAUCAGCAGCUGCGGUAAAGUCUGAAUGCCUUGCCAUGGAGCACCAAGGAACCAUGAGUGCUUUUCAGUUUGUAGGAGGGAUAGCAGCAUUGUUUGGGCGGGAGCAAGCUGUUGUGGCUUUAGCCUGGCGCAGGCGCUGGUUUGUCCUCCGGCGGGGCCGCAUGAGCGGCAACCCCGACGUGCUGGAGUACUACAGGAGCAAGCACUCGAGCAAGCCCAUCCGCGCCAUCGACCUGAGCGAGUGCGCCGUCUGGAAGCACGUGGGCCCUGGCUUCGUGCGGAAGGAGUUUCAGAAUAAUUUCGUGUUCAUUGUCAAGACGACUUCUCGUACCUUUUAUCUGGUGGCCAAGACCGAGGUGGAAAUGCUGGUGUGGGUGUACAGCAUCAGUCAGGUCUGCAACCUCGGCCAGCUGGAGGAUGGCGCAGAUUCCAUGGAGAGCUUCUCUCGCAUGCCCUGCUCCCUCCAGCCAUCCCCUGCCAGCUCCCUUCCCACCUCCUUGCCGAGAGAUGACCUAAGCACGAAUUCCGUAGCCGCCGAGGAAAGCAGAAGUGAGUCAGAGUUUCUCUCCCUUCCUGAUUAUCUGAUUCUGUCCAACUGUGAGACUGGAAGACCGCGGCACACCAGUCUGCCCACCAGAUGUGAUAGCUGGUCAAACUCAGACCGCUCAUUGGAACAGACUUCAUUUGAUGACGUUUUUGUUGACUGCCUGCAGCCCGUGCCCCCCAGUAACUUGGCCCACCCCUCACGCCAUGGGAGUGGCUCUCAGAAGGCGCCUUCCCUGAGGCCUCAGGCUGCCCUGAUAUGGAGCAGAGAUAUCAAUGGGCCAACCAGGGAUCACUGUUCUUCACCAUUGCCAGAAACUUCCUUAAAUUCCACCAUUCAGGUAGAUAAAAACCAAGGUUCCUUGCCCUAUGAGGCAAAAGAACUAGACAUCAUGUGCAACAUGCCACCUCCCCGCCCCCCAAAGCCAAGCCAUCUCUCUGAACGGCGCCCAGAGAAGCAGCUCAAGAAGCCAGAGUGCACUAUGGCACCAAGAAGAAUCUCUCUCUCUGGUUUAGAUAACAUGAGGACCUGGAAAG